AUCCUGAAAAAAAGUGCAUAAAUGAGACUCUGAGGUAUGAAGCAGCCCAGGAAGAAGGAACACUUGGACCAGGAGAAUAUAAACCAAACUGCGAUGAAUAUGGCCGUUAUGCAGGGAGACAGUGUAGUCCUGGAAGCACGUGUUAUUGUGUCAACGCUAAUGGAGAACGGCUGUUUGGGGAAGCUCCAGUUACAGAAAAAGACACCAUAGACUGUGCAUGUGCCUCAUAUUGGGAAGAUACUGAAAGCAGAGGCUUGAACAUGGGGCUUCGCUGUCUACCGAAUGGAAACUUUGAUACACUACAAUGUGCUGAUAAAAUGUGCUACUGUUUUGACCCUGAAACUGGGACCAUUUCCUUUGGACCUUUUCCUGAUUUUAUGAUGACAGACUUGGAGUGCUAUGAUGAGGCAAUACAUGGCAGCACAUACAAACGUCCCUGUGAGUUGGCCGUGGACGAGUGGGAGAGUUAUGAAAGCAGUGACGUGGUAACCAUCCAGGAACAUGCUAGGCCAUUAUGUACUCAUGAUGGUUAUUUUGCUGCAAUUCAGUAUGAAGGAGGCUAUGCAUAUUGUUCAGAUUUUCUUGGAAAGCAAAUUGAAGAUUUUCAACAAGCAAUUCACCUUUCAGAUGGCCUCACUUGCAACUGUGCAAGACGUCGUUACAUCAUGGAAGAAAAUGGUUUGGGGUCAAACAAGCCUAAGUGCUGUCCUAAUGGUGAAUACAAACCCCUACAAACUAGAGGUCUACUAGCAUACUGUGUUGAUAAAAAUGGAAAUCAGUGUGGCCCUGCAGUUGUGACGACAGAUAUCACAUCGUUACCCUGCUAUUCACAAAAUCCUUGUGAAGAUUCAUCCCUAAUCAUGGAAUGUUAAACAUGUUUUAGUAGCACCAGCUUUUGGAAGUGAUUAAUUGCUUUGUGAUUUUGCUGUUUAUGUUGUGAAAUGUGCAUGCUCAAAAGAAGUACUGAGCUGUUUGCCAGGAAAGACACCGAACUGGGAAAGACUUGCUUUUUCAGGUCAUAUUUCCAGAAUAUUUUAUUUUUCAGGUCUAUUCUUAUGAAUGUCUAAAAUAACUUUGUGGAUGGAAGAACUCAGAAAAAGCUUCUUUUAAGCAAAAUAAUUUUAAAUGCUUUACAAACACUAUUGUCUCAUCAGCAUCUAAUUUUCAUUUCCUUUCCUAUCCAAAAUUAGAUGCACUAUCAAAAUGCUCUAGAGCAGAUAUUUCUUUUAUAUAUGCCUGAAUUACAUUUCAUUAUCUAUCUUUGCUAUCUGAAAUGUACUUCAAUUACCAAAGUAUGAUAUAAUUGAUUUAUCCUCUAUUAUCUACUUAUAAUGCAGAAACUCUUGCUUGUUUUUUGUUUUACAGUUGUGAAUACUAAUGUAUCUAAAUGUAUCAUGGAAGUUAAUGGUGUUCAAGUUGAACCUAUAAAUGCCAUACUGAUUUCCACUUUCUCCUUUAACAGCACAUGCAUAUAUCAGAAUCAUUCAAAACCUACUCAGGAACAUCACUGAGCCAACCAUCAUGCUAUCAUUCCAUGAUAUAAAUGUAAUACUGGUGAUCAUUCCAUAGAACAUGGUCAGCAGUAACCAUCCUUUUAUUUCUCAGCAAGCAAGUUAAGGCAUAUGAUUGUAUGACAGAUUUUAAUAGCCAAUUAUGUUAUUCUCUAGUAUAUGUACCUUUAUAUUUCUAAGAUACUGUUAUGUAA